AGAGCCAUCUGUAGAUCAGGAAGACAAAAAGACGCUCCUGAGCCUCGGCGUCACUCAACAGGAUUGUCGAAGGUCAGGUGUCAGUGGUGAAAUGGACUUCUUGUCAGCAUGGAUUGUAUCUCCUUUGGCUCUACCCUUUGUCUGCCUCAUCUGGGGCACGCAGGCCCAGCAGGCCUUCAGGUCUGAGCCCAAGAACCUCACUGUGCGGAGAGGAGCCACAGCUGUGUUGAGGUGUGAGGUGCUGCGGGCCUCAGGGACUGUGCAGUGGGUGAAAGAUGGCCUCCUCCUGGGACCACAGAGAAGCCUGCCAGGCUUUCCACGCUACAGCAUGAUUGGAAUCCCCCAGAGAGGACAGCAUCAUCUACAGAUUGCGAAUGCCCAACUGGAAGAUGACGCCUCCUAUGAAUGUCAAGCGGGCCGGUCUGAGAGCAGUGGAGCAAUCAUUUCCAGGACAGUCUGGGUCAACAUGCUAAUUCCUCCUUCCAAGCCGUACUUUGAGAUGGACAUGGCAACACCUUGGGUAGCAGGGAAGAAGUACGCCAUCACCUGUAUCGCCCCUGACACAAAGCCCCUGGCUGAAAUCACACUUUAUAAAGAUGGAGUCGAGCUGACAGGUGCAGAGUCUUUCACCAUGUCUGGCUCAAAGGAUAAGCUCCUGAACACGCAUGCUGAAGUAACGGUCACUGCUCUAAGCUCUGACAACGGGAGGCAGCUGGCGUGUCAUGCCAAGAACCCCGCCCUAUUCCGGCCUGUGGAGACCACAAUGACCAUGAGCGUGUACUUCCCGCCUCAGCCUCCAGUUAUUGUAGGUCUGGAGAGAGAGGAAGUCAAAGCGGGGAGAAUGCUCGUGUUGGAGUGUGUGUCUCAUGGUGGAAACCCCCUAGCCACUCUCCACUGGACCAAGGACGGUGAAGUUCUUUCCAUGACUUGGGAAGAGGACACUGUGGCGCAGAAGUCCAGCAGCAUCCUCAACCUAAAGAUCGCCCCCGAAGACAACCAGGCGGUGGUGUGCUGUGAGAGCGUCAAUCUGGUGUCCCUGUCACCUCUGUCUGUCAGCCGCAAACUCACCGUGCUCUUUGAGCCCGAAGAGGUGACACUGUGGGGCUCGCUCACGGCCAUCGAGGGGCAGGACUUGAAUCUGAGCUGUUAUGCCACCUCCAGCAAUCCACCUGUCCAGAUUCGCUGGUGGCUGGGCUACAAGGAGCUCAACAUGUCCGUUGCAACAAUGGAAGAGGGAGACAAUGGUGGGAUGACAACCAUGUCCAACAUGACCCACAGGGUCUCCCGGGAGGAAGAUGGGCUGCAACUCACCUGUGAGGCUUUCAACAAGGGCACACACUUCUCCAAGACCCAGACUGCCAUUCUGAGUGUCUAUCACCCCCCUCAAAAGGUAUGGCUCGAUGCUCCCCCUCAAGAUGUCCCCCUUCGGUCAGGGACCACGGUCCGUCUCACCUGCUUCUCCACUGGAGGGAAUCCCACUGGGACUCUGACCUGGUUCAAGAAUGGAAGGGUCGUGACUCACGCACUGAGGCAGACGCCCUUUGAAAGGGGUGUUGCUCAAGAACUGGUCCUGGUUCUGGCGGCGAGUGACAACAUGGCCACCUACCGCUGUGAUGCCACAAAUAAAGCGAGGAAGACCAUUUUUGCCGAGACUAAGCUCUUGGUUCACUUCCCGGCAAUAAGUAUGAAGAUCUCAACUAAACAGAACGAGCUACGUCGGGGCCAGAUGCUAACUCUGGAGUGCCAGUCUGGAAGCAGUAACCCCAAGGCCAGCAUCUCCUGGAGCUUAGGCACACUCAGAUUCCAGGGAGCAGAGCAGCCACCCAGGAGUGCUCCGUUUGGUGGCGUGUCAGUGCAGAGUUCUCUGUCUCUAAAUCUGAGUUCACAGCAUCACAAUCAGAGAGUCAUUUGCCAGGCCUACAGUCCUGUGCUAGCAGAGGGGGCUAACACAUUCUUCAUACUCAAUGUGCUUUACCCACCAGAGUUCAGCCCCGAGCAGCCAACGCAGGUCCAAGUGGUGGAGGAUGACAUGGCAACCAUCCCACUGCUGGUCUCAGCUAACCCAGAGGAGGUCUCCUGCAUUUGGCUGCACCGCAGGGAGAAACUGGUCAAAGGAGGGGAUGUGCGCUACCACUGGUCAGAUGACAACUCGCUGGAGAUCGAGAAUGUGACGAGGAAAGAUGCCGGCGUUUACGCUGUCAAGUGUAGCAAUGAUGAGGGCAUCAGCCAGACCUCCAUCAUGCUGGACGUUCAGUAUGCUGCGAGUGUCAAAGCAGAGAAAGACCCCGUGUUAGUGAACCUGGGGGAAACAGCAGACCUGAUAUGUGUGGCAGAUGCCAACCCCAUUAUAUCUGACAUGUUCUCUUGGAAAUGGCUGGGAGAAGGGGAGGUGGAGAUGGGACAGGAGACCCAGGAAGACGAAUCUGGCCUCCUGACUAUCCAUGAUGUGACUCGGGCUCACGCUGGUCUUUACCAGUGCAGAGCCAAUAAUGGCAUAGCACCCCCUGACACUGUAGAUGUGCGGCUGGUAGUGCAAUUCAAACCAGAGCUUCAGAAAGGAGCCCAGUGGAGGAAGGUGGCGAGUAGAGGGGACGGCACUGCUACAGCUGAGGUAGUGUGUCAGGCAGAGGGUAUUCCGCGUGUCGACUUCUCUUGGGAAAAAAACGGUGUGCACAUGGACUUUGCAAACCCCAGGUAUGAGGAGCGGACCGUGAGGGAGGGCUCCUUCCACACCAGCACAGUUAGAGUUGUAAAUGUGAGCGCAGCCUUGGACUAUGCUGUCUUCAGCUGCACUGCUCGCAACUCACUUGGGGAAGACAAGCUAGACAUCCAGCUCGUCAGCACAAAUCACCCCGAUCCUCCUUUGUCGUUUCGCCAAGUCAGCGUCACCCAUGACUCGGUCACUCUGGAGUGGAUCCCCGGCUUCAACGGCGGUUUGCAGCAAAGAUUUCGUGUAAGAUACCGUUGGGAUAAGUCAGCCAGUUUCCUCUACAUGGACGUCUUUCCUCCCAGAGCAACAACCUUCACUGUCACUGGCCUGCAGCCUGUCACCACCUACAACUUCUCUGUCAAUGCCCUCAAUGCAAUUGGAGAGAGUGGAUAUGCUGACAACAAUGCAGUACUGACCAUCACCACCAAGGAGAGGCCAGAAGUGGAAGAAGUCCUGACAGAUGACGACUCAGUCUCACAGAGUGCAAGUGGACUGCCGGCCUAUUUGACAGUGGUGUUCACAGUGGUGUUUGGAGUCCUGCUGGUGUUUAAUUCCCUGGGUUGCUACUUUGGAUUGAGGUGGAAAAAGAAGCGAGGCCAGACAGGGGGUAGAGGAGGCAGUGUGUUGGAUGGAAAGAAGAGUGAAGAGGAGGGGUCCAGUCAGUCAACUGUAAGCAACUCCAAUAGGUAUGAGAGCAGAGAAAAGAUCAACGCCGCAGCCCAGCGCACCCUCCUCAUCGACUCUGGGUCUGAAACAGACAGCAAUGUCUACGAGAGCUAUGCAGCGGAAAGUUCCCAUUAUUAUUACCCUACCGGUGACUACACGCUGCCUUUCAGCCCACUCCCUGAGGAAACGCGAAGGCCUGAUGUCACCCACCUCCCCGUGGACUCUCACAGCCAUCUGUAUGAAGAUGUAAGAGACGGGGGACUGUACCAGGACAUCCUGGCUUCCCGAACUCUUCCUUCCCCUGCGUCCUUGUUUGACCACAGAUUGCCACAUCAAAGGCGUGAGUGGAGAUCACCGACCUCCCCCCAGGGUGCUGAGAGAGUGGGGGAGUUCAUGGAUCUACGACAACCGCAGAGAGAUUCAGAGCUUCCCUUUGAACUGCGAGGCGAAUUAGUUUAGAAUAAGAAGCAAGGUCAUUCAUUUCUUGUUUGGGAGACAGCAACAUGGACGCAGAUGACAGAUGGACCCGUGGACAGAAAAGAUUGUUUAAACACAGGAGAAAAAAGACAGUGAGCUAGACAGGAUGACAGACAGGCAAACACACAGGUAUAAUAAAAGACAGUACACUGUAGGGAAAUGAGAAAUAAAGUAGACAAGCUGCAGCGCUGAGAGACGGCUGAACUGCAGACAGAGAUCACAGUGGAGUGACUGAGAGUGAAAGACUGGAAGCCAAAGAACAAGAAGGAGGAGGCCAUGUCAUGAGAAAGAGUGGGUGAGCGAGAGAGACUGAAAGACUGAAGCAGAGUUCAGACAAUUGGAUGAGGAAGUAGUGAUGGUUGAGUACAUGGGUGUGGUUGGUUAGCAGUUAGCCCAUCAGCCUUUCAGAAGUGGCACACAGAGGAAAGCACCGUGGAUGAUGAGGAUGCGGAUGAAUCUCUGGACCGGGGCACCUCGCAGGAUGGAUACUAAG